GUUUCUAAUCCGUAGUCGGACUACAGUUAACACCUGGACGAUUACGUAAACUGCGUAUUUGAACUUAACGAUUAAUUGCGAGUAGAUGUGAUCGGUUUUAGAAACUUAGUGAUUUAUUUUGAAGGCUUUAUCCGGAAGUCAGAGAUUAGGUUCCAACAUGACAGCGCUGCUAUCAGAGUAGUGUGUUCCUGGAAAGUGAGUGGAUAUUUAUUUAAUUAAGGGCUUUUUUUUCUUUCCCAGCCCUAUCAGAAUUCAUAUGAAAGGGAGACGCUUUUGAUGGAGACGCAGGCUGGGAUGAAAUCCUAACUGAAUGUUUGAAAACGUAGAGAUUUUCCCCGUCCGGUUGUUAUGGAGCAGCCACCUGGGACCUUGGCUGAGCUACAGCAUCAAGGUGCCUCUUCCCCCACUCGCUCCAGUGUAAUAGACUUGACCAGGAAAGAUGAUGAACACCUCCUGACAUCACCAUCUCUGGAUGCCUUGCAGAGGCUCAAGGGCUCUGGCUGGGGCCCGAACUCUGGAUCUGCCAUCCCCGGGUUACAGUUGUCAGACACUGGCUCCUCAGAUGUCACAGUUCGACCAGGGGAUCAAAUUCAGCCAGACAAUGCCUUAUCCCACACUACAGUCACCCUGUCCUACGUGAGCAGGUCUCAUGUCUUCUCCACUCACAGCUCUCCUCCGUACAGUGUGUCGCCCAUCAGCAAGUCUUCCUUCCACCCUCAACGCAACACUGACAAUAGGUUUGAGGAGACCAGCUAUGCACUGAACCAGCAUUUCCUAGAACAGGACAAGGAGCCUGUUAAUCUUGUCACACAUGCAGAACCGUUCCCCUCGCUUUCUCAACCUCAAGUGGGACCACAGGAUAAUGCUAGAGAAUACAACGCGAAAGAGCCUCCAAAGUUUAAUGGAGAAGCCAUUUCCAGUAAUGGAAUUGAGAAAAAGGUACUGGCAGAAGAGAAACACAGCAUUCUUUCUGAAAGUAGAAAUUGUGUAGAGAACGGUCGGUAUGAUGGUUGGUCAGAAAUUCUCCAGGAUGAGGUCAGAGGGACAUCCGAUGUGCUUUUCAUUGGGGCUAAGAAACAGGACCAAGAGGUCUCCAAAAGCGGCAGUUCCACAGAUGUGCGUUCAGUGAACAGGGAAUACAAGAGCCCUUUGGAGGAUCCCGUCUCCCCACCGUCUACCUCAGUAGACAAUGUGGAGGAUGUGUUCCUGCUUCCUCAGGCCUCCAGCUCACCCAGCGCAGAUGACUUUUAUUUAGAGGCUGCCGACGAUGCUGGGUGUUCAGACAGAACCACUCGGGCAAGCUCUGCAGUCAACGAUGGCCCGAGGUUAGAGUCACGUGAUGAGAGUAAGUCCCAUAGACGGAAGGGUGUUUUGGAGCCUUUGAUUGACUUGACUGAUGAUUCCUGUCUGAAUCCGGAGAACAAAGCCAGUUGUGCCAUUCGUCACAUUAAUGGGAGUGCAAAUGUACUGGAGAGGACGAUAAAAGAAAGGAAACUGCCCAUGCGUUCUGGUAGAGGGACUCGACUGGAAGCAAUAGUCAUGAAUAUAAAUUCAUGUCGCUAUAAAGUGUCCAGCAGCAUACUCGCCAAUAAGAAACCCAGUGCCUCUCAGCCAGUAACACACACUUCUGCCUUGCCCAGAUCCAAGAGGAAAGUGAAAGGCAAGGCAAAGACUGCAUUCUCGCUGAGAACCGUCAAAAGAAAAGCUGUGAACUUGAAAAAAAAUAAACCCAGUAGUGUCGACGCUCAAAGUUACAAUGACUCUACCUCUGUUUCUGAAUCUCUCAACAAGACUGAAACGUCAGGCACACCUGCUAAAAGAUCUCGAUUUGUGAGACCAAGCAGAAAACCAGCACGGCCAUCUCGGAGUAGGCCUGUGAAGUCCAAGACGAAACCCCCUUCUCAGUCAAGUGCCCAGUUCCCCACACAUAAGAACUUGAAAGAGAAGCCAGAGUUGGUCACUGUCCCCGAACCCUCAGUGGAAGUUACUGCAUCAAAGGUAGUGUCCAUUCAUCCACCACCAAAAUCCCCAAAGAACAGCCAGGUUGACCCUAAAAGCAAAACAUCAUCUCCCACCAAGAAGACAAAGACACCCCCGAAACGGAGGCGAAAGAAACCCAGGUGCAGCCAACCUUCCUCCAUGUUCUCCCCAAAAGAGCCUGAGAUCAAGCUCAAGUACAUCACCUACAAGGAAGAAAAGAAGGAUGUCAGGUUGGACAGUUUCUCUCCAUUUGUUCGUGUCAAGCGACAGCAGUCAUCCCCUCCUCUCUGCACAAUAGUGAACUACCCCGAGGAUGUGAAGACGGAACCCAAGCAUCAACAGCAAGCUCACUCCAGCCGCUUUGUCUCAGCCGUUGUACCCACCACUUCCUGUCUGUACCUGGGACGACUGUCCACGCACGGCCAACACCAGCGCGCUCUCGUCUGCUGCUUGUGCGGCCGCUCGGCCAACUCCAUCGACUUGGGGGAUCUCCACGGACCCUAUUACCCCGAAGGGUACCGGCCGAACACCAAAGCACCGGCCAACGUGUCGGGUCUUAAAGAUGAUGAGGAGGACUCCAGCUACUCCGACUCUUCCUCUAGUACUACGAGAGCCAGACGCUGGGCAGCUCCGCUAAAGCAGAAGGGCCUUCUGGGGAGCCGCAAGUGGUCCAGUGGUAGGAUCAGCAGCCCCGCAGCCAAGCGGGCAAGAUCGGACGGUGGUCUUGCGGAUGCGGAGGACUGGUACAGCCCGCCUGUUCUCCCUGUGGAGCCAUGCGAAUAUUGGCUCCAUGAGGACUGUGGCAUCUGGUCUGCGGGUGUGUUCCUUGUCAGGGGCAAAGUUUACGGGCUGGAGGAGGCCGUCAAGGUGGCCCAGGAGACGAUGUGUUCGGCAUGCCACAAUCCAGGAGCAACUCUGGGUUGUUUCUUCAAAGGCUGUCCUAACAAAUACCACUACAGGUGUGCUCUGGAGUCAGACUGUGUGCUCGUCGAAGACAAUUUCUCCAUGAAGUGUAAGAAGCACAAGAACAAAACGUUGAAAGCACCUCCGGGGAGCCGAUGGGACGACAGGUGACAGAUUACAUGGAACCUCAUGAGGUAGAAUCUUGCAGGAAUCCGCCAGUAACCAUGACAACAGCGGACCAGGGUCACCCACCCCCACCCCUCAUCGACUGACAGCUAGCACCCACAAACCUUACUGACUCCCUC